AUGGCAGAGCAACUCGCUCAACUAGUGCGCGAGGUAGAACGCCUAAUCACUACGCCUUACGUGCCUUCGUUACAGGAUCUCCAUGAUUUAGUGCAGCACACCAAAUCUUCGACAAUUGGCACCUGGGCAUUGUGUAAACGCUGCCAAGUUGGCUUGUUGGCUGAUGUCCUGAUUGAAGCCUUAUCACGGUCACGCGUCGCGCUGCCUCUGAUCACUGCAUUCGCAUCUACAUCAUCGUCUUUUAGGGAUGCGCUGCUUGAGCGACAUCCGGUGAUUUUGGAUGCCUUCUUAGAAAAGGCCGUGGACACUAAUGGCGAUGAGUAUCUUCCGGCAUGUAUUGCGUUAUUCUCAUCGCCCCUGCCAGCGAGUGUUGUACCGCCAGCUAGGAUUGCCCCAUUCAUCACGAAGCUUGUCAGCCUGAUGGCAGCGAAUUUAUGUGUUAAAACUGUAGCACCUCUUCACGCAUUCAUCUCAGGACUCAAAGGCUCGUCAAGAAUCUUGAAUGACAUUCCGUCCGAGGUCAUGUCCAAUCUCCAGCUGGAGUUCACCAAGACACUGCGCAACCUCGACGAUCAUAUGGGCAACUUGUUGUGUCUGGCAACCUUUGCGCAAAUUGCGACGGCACUAGAUACAAAAUCUCAAAAUCAACACGGAUCAGAAACGCCAUGGCUGCUGAGCAUUAAGCAUUUCUUUGGCCAGAAACGGGGCCUGAAAACACUUGACUUGGUCGUAUUGCGUGUUAUACUAGCUUGCUCAUCCAGUUGUAAUCUGACGCCGUUUGAGGCGACUGAGAGUAUUCGGCUGGCGAUCUGCAUAGCGGACGCAAUUGAGCCUGAGCAGAAACAGGCUUGGAUGGCAGGUAAUAAUCCCAAGAUUGCUAAGCUGUGCGAGAAGGCUGUCAGAGACGUUCCCUAUAGUCAAACGCAAACCAUGGUAAUUGUCUUCUUGCACACACUUCUCCCGGCACAUUCAUUGCCAUCUCAGCUACGGGAAGUUGGCAUCAAGGUCCUUUUGUCCAAGAAUAGCCAACAGACUAUGGAGACGAUACCUCAUCAACUGAUUCCACGCCUCGCAAAGUCCUUAGCAGAAUCUGGGGAACAUGCCACUCGUCAACUUUUGGCCUUCACCUUCGAUGUCUUAAGAGGUGGUAAAUGCGCGGGGGCAGAGAUCCCAACACUACACCUGGCAAACUUGGUAUUAGCUGGUGUACAAGAAGUACAUACCGAUAUCAUGCUUUCUAAUGUCAAGCAUUCCAUGGUCCCUAUGAGGGAAGUGCUUAGAGAGACGGUUGACUACUUUCCCCGACAGCCAAGCGAAAGUCAAUGCAGUGGUCGAGCAUGUUGUACAUCCGAGCUAUACACAAGGCAAAACAGGUUGUUCCUAUCUCUAUUGGGACUUUACAACAUGGCAUCGGCCCAAAAUGGAAGCGACAUUAUCAUGAAAACAUUCAUCAGACGAGUGGAGCAAUCAAUGCCGAGCCUCGACUGUGCCUUUUCAACAACAACCCCCAAAACCUUCCGUGGCUCUUUCGCCUUGCGCGACAGACAUGAGCUUCCGUCAACUCAAGUGAACCGUAAUUGGCGCUCUGGAGUUACUGAGCUGUUCAUGCAGAAUGCCCAGACCUCUCACGACAAUAUGAUGAGAAAGAUCGAGGAUACGUGCUUUGACCUAGAACGUCGCUGUCACGACGUUGAAGGACCCCUGCGAGCUACCGAAGAAGAGCGGGACAGAUAUGCGAGCGAAAACGAGCAACUGAAAAGGCAAAACGAAGAGUUCAACGAGCGACUCAAAAGCGAAACCACAGAGAUGGAAACUAAGUUGCGGAACUCACAUGACAGUUUUGUUGAACUUGGCCACGAAAACACACGCCUUGAACAACUCCUUCAAGGUCAAUACUCAUAUACCGAGGAGUUGACUAUGUCGCUUAACUCCGCACGCGAGGAGCUUCAAUAUCAGCAACAAAGUUCCGAGAAUGCACUUCACAUCGAAAAAGAAAAGGCCCGCUCAAAGGAAUUGGAGAUGAUAGCUACUAUUACUGGAAAGGAUGAUCAACUGGAAGACCUUCAGCAGGAGCUGUGCAGUUUGCAAAUGAAGAAUGAGGAGACACGCCAGAGUCUAGAUCAAAUGUCGAGCGAAAAGGCCACUUUAUCUCAACUCUCUAGCUCCCUCGAGCAAGAGCUUGCUAGUGCUAGAGAGGCAUUAAAGCAGGCCAGGCUUCUUGUUGAUGAGAAAGAAGAUCAAGUGAACCGCUUCGUGGCCCAAGAGGAAGAGUUGCGAAAGAAAUUGGGAUCUGCGGAAACAACUGUUGCGCAACAGAAUUUGGAAGUUGAGAGGCUAUACUCUGAAUUAGAAGAAUCCGAUGAAAAAUCGCGGAGUGAGAUUGAAAAACUGAAACAUGAUCUUGAAGCUGGAGCUUCUCGGGCCACAUCUGAGAUAGCAAAGCAUGAGACAGAAAAUCGGCGAUUGCAUGCUGCUAUGCAAGCUGCCGCUCUUGAUGCUUCUAGGGAUGUCCAAUCGAAAGACAAACGGAUCCAACACCUGGAGAGAAAGGUGCAAGCUUUACGAGACGAACGUGCUGCCAAGGCCCGUGAGUUCUCAGAGGCACAACAACACAUUGGUCGAUUAAUGGGUGUAAUGGGCUUUUCCGCUAAUGCCCCUGAGUCAAACGCGCCUGCAAAACACCAGCGAACUAGGUCCUCUGUCAACGCCACUCCAGCUGCAAGGAUCCCUCAACCCAUAAGCGAUGAUGAAGAUGGUAUACAGCUGGCACAGUCCUUUGAAUCCAUAACAUCCAGCUUUAAUGGACCUACCCCAAAACGACCAAGAGGGAAUCGCAAAUCAACAAAUCAGCCUUAUGCUUUGAACACUACAGGUUCAAAGGCGAAAAGCCCGCCCCCGGCUAUCGCCAUAUCUCGCUCUGUGAGAAAGCCACUGGCAGAGGCUGACCGCAACAGCCCGACCAAAUCACAGCCAAGCAGUGGAUCGAAACGCAAUCAGGUGGAUGACUCUUUCCAGGAGACACAGGCCCAAGGGAACCCUGAAGAAAACCGGCUUCACGAUCUGGACUUGGAUAUGGAUCUUGAGUUUUCUAAAGACUUUCUCUUCUCAAGCACUGCUUUUACUGAGUCAACGGAUCGGAUUGCCCCGUAG